UAUUUAUAAUUUGGGACACACCUCCUGUCUUACAGCAAGCCAAGAAAAGGCUGUAUAUACUUAGUACUGGUAUAUACACACAGUUGGAGCACUUAUCUCAUGAAUGUAUAAACACAGUGUAGACCAUAUGUCACAAUAUACACAAAAGCAUUCAGGUACUGAGGCACACUGACAAAGUUCAUAAAAAUACACGGACACCGUAUUUAGUAGCCACACCCACUUCACUCAUAGUCAACAAACAAAAACAAAUUACAUAUACAUAUACAUGUGUCUGCUCCACAUGAGGAAAUGGGGUUAGAAGAGGAGCUUCUGAAGAUUGGAAGAAGGCUGGAAAGGAGAUUCAGCGAGGCAAACACAGACCAUAUUCUGGAAUUGCUAAAGGAGUUGCAGGCAUUUGAAGUCACAGUCCCCCUCCUGAGGAGCACAAGAAUUGGUGUAACUGUGAAUAAAAUAAAGAAGAAGAGUGAUGAGCGAAAGGUGACAGAGCUUGCCAAAGCCAUUAUCAAGGACUGGAAGAAAAUACUGGAAUCCUCAUACAAAGAUAAAGGCACAAAAGCAACUGCAGAUUUGGUCAAACCAACCCAGUCAGAUUCUGUUAGGAUUUCAUCUCCUGCCUUUAAAAAUCUGCAUUUGGAAAGACCCAGUCAGGGCCCUGCAAGUCAUCAACCAUCACAUAUUCAUGAAGCUAUCCAUAAGGAGCCCAAAUUAAAAAGGAGUUACUCAGCAGAUAUUCAGCCUUUCAUCCAGACAGAAAAGAAAAAGGAGAGGAGUCACUCUACUACCAUCCAGCCCUCUUUGCACAUUGUAAAGAAGCGAGAAAGAACCCACUCUACCAGUGAUAAAUCCUCCUUCCAUGCCACAAAGAAACCAGAAAGAGUUCACUCUACUGAUGUCCAGUCCUCCUCUCAUAAUACAAAUAAACUAGAAAGGAAUCACUCUACUGAUGAUAAGUCCUUGUGCCACACUUCAAAGAAACCAGAGAGUUUGCUGCUCUUUUGUAGGAGUCACUCUACUGAUGUUCAGUCCUCUUUACACACUGCAAAGAAACCAGAAAGGAAUCACUCUACUGAUGAUAAGUCCUUGUGCCACACUUCAAAGAAACCAGAGAGGAGUCACUCUACUGAUGUUCAGUCCCCUUUAGACGCUGCAAAGAAAACAGAAAGAAAUCACUGUAGUGAUGCUCAAACCUCUGUUCAGACUACAAAGAAACCAGAAAGGAGGCACUCUCUCAGCUCCCCACUCCCAUCUCCUACAUCCUGUAAGAGUCCCACUAACACCAAAGAGGAGAGUAGAAAACCCUCUGCAAGCUCACCAGUUCAACCCACUCGGAAUGGAUCCACAAAACCAAUUACUGAUGCUGGAAAAGAAGGAGCUAGUGGCGGGCAGAUGGGAUCACCUGCAGACGUCCAUUCGCAAUCACCCUGUUUGUUAAGCCCUUGCUACUUGACUGGUGAUCCAGUAAGGGACAAAUGUGUGGAUAUGGUGGCCUCAGCUCUGAAGACUGAUGAUGAUUAUAAACAGUUUGGAACAAAUUGUGAGAGACUUGCAUGGGAAAUCGAGGAAUGUAUAUACAGAGAUAUAAAAGCCACUGAUAUGAAGUACAGAAAUAGGAUCAGAAGUCGAAUAAGCAAUCUUAAGGAUCCGAAGAAUCCUAAUCUGAGAAAGAACGUACUUUGUGGUGUGGUGACACCACAGAACAUUGCUACAAUGACAGCAGAGGAGAUGGCAAGCGAUGAGCUGCGGGAACUGAGGAACACUAUGACACAAGAAGCCAUCAGAGAGCACCAGAUGGCAAAGACUGGAGGUACUACUACAGAUCUACUACAGUGCGAAAAGUGCAAAAAGAAGAACUGCACCUACAACCAGGUGCAGACCAGAAGUGCUGAUGAGCCCAUGACAACAUUUGUCUUGUGUAAUGAGUGUGGAAAUCGCUGGAAGUUUUGCUGAUGAGUUUCCAGCUUCAGUACUACAUGCAGUGCUGCGUUUUAAUGGCCUCCAAAGAGCAGCGUUCUUCUGACUCUUAUGUUUCAUGUCCCUGUCUCCAUUUUUUCUGUCCUAAUUUGUCUCUGUCUGUACAUUAUAUCUUCUAAAGCUUUUUUUUCCUCUCUCUCUUUCCUCCUCUCUAACUCAUUUUAAAGUAUUCUCAUAAAACCAUAAUCAGAGUGGCAAUGGUACCAGCUAUGUCCAAGAUUAAACAUUGGAAAUUGUACCCUA